GCAAUAAAGCAACUCAGUCAAGGAAGGCUCAGUGCUUCCUAUCCUUUUGCACAAGAUGUGCUUGCAUGGAAACCUGUCUUCAACCAGUCUAGUCUCACUGAGUUUGUGUUCCAUGUGUUCACCACAGUCCCUGAAUUUCAGGUUCUUCUCUUCCUUCUCUUCUUCCUUCUCUACUUGAUGAUCCUCUGUGGCAACACAGUCAUCAUCUGGGUUGUGUGCCUACACAGCGUUCUCCGAACCCGGAUGUAUUUCUUCUUGUCCAACCUGCCCUUUGUAGAGAUCUGCUACACCACCAUUGUGGUGCCCUUGAUGCUUUCCAACAUUUUUGGGGCCCAGAAGCCCAUCCCACUGGCUGGAUGUGGGGCCCAAAUGUUCUUCUUUCUCACACUUGGUGGUGCUGACUGUUUCCUCUUGGCGAUCAUGGCCUAUGACCGCUAUGUGGCCAUCUGCCACCACAUGACCUGCAGGCUGUGUGUGCAGAAGCUGCUCGGCACCGUGGGUCUGGCCUUCUUCCUCUCCCUGCGGUUCACCGCCUUAAUCUUCACCCUGCCCUUCUGCGGCCACCGCCGGGAAAUUAACCACUUCCUCUGCAAUGUACCGCCCAUCCUGUGCCUGUCCUGCACCGACAUCCGCGUGCACCAGGCUGUCCUCUACGUCGUGAGCAUCCUCGUGCUAACCGUCCCCUUCUUGUGCAUCUGCGUCUCCUACGUGUUCAUCACCUGCACCAUCCCGCACAUCCGUUCUGCCGAGGGCCGCCGCCGGGCCUUCUCCACCUGCUCCUCCCACCUUACCGUGGUCCUGCUGCAGUAUGACUGCUGUGCCUUGGUAUACUUGCGUCCCCAGUCCAGCUCCUCUGUAGAUUAAGACCGCCAGUUUGCCCUUGUUUACACCUUUAUCACACCAUUACUCAACCCUUUGGUUUACACCCUUAGGAACAAGGAUGCAAUAAAGCAACUCAGUCAAGGAAGGCUCAGUGCUUCCUAUCCUUUUGCACAAGAUGUGCUUGCAUGGAAACCUGUCUUCAACCAGUCUAGUCUCACUGAGUUUGUGUUCCAUGUGUUCACCACAGUCCCUGAAUUUCAGGUUCUUCUCUUCCUUCUCUUCUUCCUUCUCUACUUGAUGAUCCUCUGUGGCAACACAGUCAUCAUCUGGGUUGUGUGCCUACACAGCGUUCUCCGAACCCGGAUGUAUUUCUUCUUGUCCAACCUGCCCUUUGUAGAGAUCUGCUACACCACCAUUGUGGUGCCCUUGAUGCUUUCCAACAUUUUUGGGGCCCAGAAGCCCAUCCCACUGGCUGGAUGUGGGGCCCAAAUGUUCUUCUUUCUCACACUUGGUGGUGCUGACUGUUUCCUCUUGGCGAUCAUGGCCUAUGACCGCUAUGUGGCCAUCUGCCACCACAUGACCUGCAGGCUGUGUGUGCAGAAGCUGCUCGGCACCGUGGGUCUGGCCUUCUUCCUCUCCCUGCGGUUCACCGCCUUAAUCUUCACCCUGCCCUUCUGCGGCCACCGCCGGGAAAUUAACCACUUCCUCUGCAAUGUACCUCCCAUCCUGUGCCUGUCCUGCACCGACAUCCGCGUGCACCAGGCUGUCCUCUACGUCGUGAGCAUCCUCGUGCUAACCGUCCCCUUCUUGUGCAUCUGCGUCUCCUACGUGUUCAUCACCUGCACCAUCCCGCACAUCCGUUCUGCCGAGGGCCGCCGCCGGGCCUUCUCCACCUGCUCCUCCCACCUUACCGUGGUCCUGCUGCAGUAUGACUGCUGUGCCUUGGUAUACUUGCGUCCCCAGUCCAGCUCCUCUGUAGAUUAAGACCGCCAGUUUGCCCUUGUUUACACCUUUAUCACACCAUUACUCAACCCUUUGGUUUACACCCUUAGGAACAAGGAUGUCAAAGGUGCCCUGAAAAAAGUGAUUAGUACCAAAGGGACAUCUGAGUCCUUCUGA